AUGCGUUCAUUGCUGUUGCUCAGCCUGUUGGCGCUGGGCACAGACUCACACUCGAUUGGCUAUCGCAACAAUCUGUUAGCCUAUGCGCCGGCUCGGGGCGAGUUUCCCGUGCAGAGCGAACGGGCCCAGAGCUAUGUACGAUAUUUGGACAACUCAGGCGCCGAGCGACUGCUGGCAUUCACUUAUCCGGAACCGCUUUUCGGCGUACGCAGCACGGAGCAAGUGAAUCCACAAUUGCGCAGCAGCAGCGGCGGCAGCAGUAUCAGCAAGGAAAAGCAACUCCAAUCACAAUUUGCAAGUUUUCGAGAUUGGUGCGAACAGCGCUAUAAUGCUUUGCGAACCGAACUGGAUCGACUGCGUGCCGAGGGCCAACAGCCCUCACCGAGUAUAUUGGCACAGUAUGAGCCGCUCGAGGAGAUCAUCAAGAUGAACGCCUUUGAGCCGGUGCCUGGACUGACUCCGGAAGUGCAGCGAGCACGUGAUGAGCAUUUGCGCAUCUGGUAUGAGACUCGUCUGCAGGCGCUGAAAGCGGGGGCGGGACUGCCAAAAACACCACAAUUACCAACUAUUAAAACACAGCCCAUUGCGAAUAUUCCGGAGAUACAGCCGGAAAAGCCAUUACUCAACCGGACGAAGUUACCGGCAUUUUUGACUUUAAUAGCACCCAAACCUGUGCAGGAGACAGAUGAGGUGUUCCGCGCUCGCGAGAAGCACCUCCAGCUCUAUAAUGAGGCGCUGAAGAAGCUACCGCAGCCUAAUCGGCCACAGGCACAAACACAGACACAGCCUCAACCACAGACAGAGCCACAGCCACAGUUGCAGCCCAAGGAUCCUCAAAUUCAAGAGCCUCUGAAUCUGCUUCCGCUGCCCCUUCUGCCAACCGCACGGCCACAGCAACAGCCUCAGGAUCCACAAAGUCAACUGCCCCUGGGGCAACUUGGCGAAGCAGAGGCCGAGCCACAACAGCAACCAGAAAGGGACACAAAUACUAAACCAAUUGUUCCACUGCCAGUGGCCUUCUUCCCAAUCUCCGUUCCAAAUCCGCAGCCCCUUCUGCCAACCGCACGGCCACAGCUACAACCUCAGGAUCCACAAAGUCAGCUGCCCCUGGAACAACUUGGCGAAGCAGAGGCCGAGCCACAACAACAGCCCGAAAAAGACACAAAUACUAAACCAAUUGUUCCACUGCCAGUGGCCUUCUUCCCAAUCUCCGUUCCAAAUCCGCAGCCCCUUCUGCCAACCGCACGGCCACAGCUACAACCUCAGGAUCCACAAAGUCAACUGCCCCUUGAACAAUUUGGCGUAGCAGAGGCCGAGCGACAACAGCAACCAGAAAAGGACACAAAUACUAAACCAAUUGUUCCACUGCCAGUGCCAAACUUCCCAAGCACUAUUCCACUUAUAUAUUUACCCCAGCCAACGACAACGAUCAAGGUGAACGAGCAGCAAAUUCAGCAGCUCCAAAAGGAUAAGCUGAUGGCCGAGGAUCAACUGGCUGACAUCGAAGACAAGAUACGCGAUGAGGAACGCGAACGUGAUGAGAAGCGGCAACAGGAAAAAGAUCGUCUCGAGGAGCUGCGCCUGGCUGAGUUAGAGGCACAACGCGAGGAGCAGCGUAUCCUGGAAGAGCAACGUCGCCUCGAAGCCGAGCGUAUUUCCUUACAGCAGGCGGAGCUGCAGCGAUGCCAAAACGAACGGCUCGCCGAAGCCAAGCGCCUGCAGGCUGAGCAACUGGAAUUGCAGCAGCGGCUGCAAAUGAUCGGUCCAAUUCAGACGCCCGCCGACCAGCAAAUCAAACUGAUUGGACAACAGCAGCCGCAGCCGCAGUUCCAGUCACAGCCACAACCUCAGACAAUUACUCAGCAGCAGCAGGUGCAGAAUAGCUUCAUUUUGCGCAUUCAGACGCCCGGUCAAACAUUCACCGAUGCCUUUGUGAGACAGCCGAAUCCAUUCCUGAAAAACUUAAUACAAAAUCCUCAGCUGCAGGAGCCUCAAGCGCAGGCGACACUGAAAACUAUACCUUCCAGUGAACCUGCUCCCAGUGAUUCAACUUCCUCGACCACUGCAUUCAGUGAACUGGAGAGGGCCCGGCGUGAGCACUUCAAAGCGCAUGAAAUGGCACUUGAGCAGCUGCGACAGUCCAAUAUAAUGGAUGCCAAACUGAUACCAUAA